CACGGUAGCGCUGCGCAUCGUCGGAAGCGAGCGGUGGAUAGGCCGAAGGCAAAAGAACGAGGACCGCGUUCCGUCGAGGUGGUGCCAGUUUCGCAGUGCCGCGUAGUGUAGUGUUUUUUCUCUUCCUCUCUCCGCCGCGCCCUUCUCCCCCGCGCUUCCGAGUGCAGUGUGCAUCGAUGAGGAGGCCGCCUGUACCUCCCCCCCCGAUGACUGAAUAGUGUGCAUUUUAGUACGAGGACCGAGACUACCUGGGAGCGCUUGAGGAGCACAUCCCCCGAGACUCCCCCGAUCAAAAUCACUCGCCUAACCUCUCCCCUGUCCUCCUUGCCCUCCUCCGCGUCCUUCCCCUCCGUGAACGUUGAGAAGGUCUCCAAUCGAAGCCACAAGAUCCGCAAUCACGCAAUGGACGGCAUGGACAACAAACCGGUGUUGAACGAUGAUCCCUCGGUCACCCUGACCAUCCGCCUGAUUAUGCAGGGCAAAGAAGUUGGUAGCAUUAUUGGGAAAAAAGGAGAGAUUGUCAAGAGGUUCCGGGAAGAAUCCGGCGCGAAAAUCAAUAUCUCCGACGGUUCCUGUCCGGAACGAAUAGUGACUGUCACCGGGCCGACGAACUCGAUCUUCAAGGCGUUCACGCUGAUAUGCAAGAAAUUCGAGGAGUGGUGCUCUCAGUUCCACGACGUUCCGGGUAGCGGUGCCGGAGGUGGCGGUGGUGUAUCGAGGCCGCCCAUCACACUCAGACUGAUUGUCCCUGCUUCGCAAUGCGGCUCCCUGAUCGGCAAGGGUGGUUCCAAGAUUAAAGAAAUUCGGGAGGUUACUGGCGCCUCCAUUCAAGUCGCUUCCGAGAUGCUGCCUAAUUCGACGGAACGUGCAGUGACCAUAUCCGGUACCAGCGAGGCAAUCACGCAAUGCAUAUAUCAUAUUUGCUGCGUUAUGCUAGAGUCCCCUCCCAAAGGUGCCACGAUCCCUUAUCGCCCCAAACCCCAAGUCGGUGGGCCAGUGAUCCUGGCUGGUGGGCAAGCCUACACCAUCCAGGGUAAUUACGCGGUGCCCGCCCACUCGGACGUAAGUACAGUAUUACCAUUGCCCGCGCCCGCUGCCGGGCCCACCCCGCCCUCGCUGAAUACCCAAACUUUGACGACCUCGCCCUUCGCGGCCCACCCCUCAUCCUCGGCCUUCGCCGCUUCUCACGGGCACCCGCUCCUAUCCACGGCCCAUCUUACAACCCCACAUCAUCCUCUCCACCCAAGCCCCUUACACGCCAGCGUGGCAGGCCUCGCCGACCCCCUGCUGAAGAGUGGACACUUGCAGGCAGCCCUCCCGCCCGCACACCUCGUGGCAGACGCCAUGGGCAAACUGGGCAGCAAUCCUUUGGCUGGACUAGCAGCCUUAGGCCUUGGAGGUCUUGCCACACCGGCAAACACGGGUGGUCUUAAUCCAGCAGCGUUAGCUGCAUUGGCUGGAAGCCAGCUGCGUACGAACAACACGAACAGGCAGCAACCGGCGGCGAACAAUCAGACACAUGAGAUGACCGUGCCAAAUGAGCUGAUCGGUUGCAUCAUUGGAAAGGGCGGUACCAAGAUCGCCGAGAUCCGUCAGAUCUCCGGCGCCAUGAUCCGAAUCAGCAACUGUGAGGAGAGGGAGGGCGGAGCAACGGACCGCACGAUCACCAUAACCGGGAAUCCGGACGCCGUAGCGUUGGCACAAUAUCUCAUCAACAUGAGGAUAUCGAUGGAGACGUCGGGGGUGCCUAUGCCCGCGUAUCACUUCAUCCCACCGGACCACAUUGUGAAAUCGCCCAUCCACUAAAUGUGGAGAGCCGUCGUGGUCGUUGUCGUCGUCGAAAGGACGCGGAAGCAUCGCGGAAGCGCGCGAAGCUGUCAGUGGCAUAUGGGGCUGGGCCACACACUGUGUUCAGCUUGCAAAUCGAUACACUUGCAAAAAGAAACAAGACACACGACAGUGAGAAAGAGACAGAGAGAAAGAGAGCGAGAGAGAGAGAGAGUGAGAGAGGGAGGGAGAGAAAGAGAGAAAGAGAGUGAGAGAAAAAGAGACACACAUAAUACGUACUCACGUAGGACACUCGCACGUAUUCAGAAAGGAGUCUACUUGUGCGCGCUUUAAAUAACCGUGUACGUUAAAAUCGAACAUAUUCUAAUACUACAGAUAUACGUAAAAAAAAAACGCGUACACAUAUAUAUACACACAUAUAUAUAUAUAUAUGUAUAUAUAUAAUAUACAUACACAUACACGUGACACAAUGAAGCGAGAGUUAAACGUACAUGGAAAAAUGAUGAAGAUACGCACGCGCGUACACAGACACACUUGAGUGUACAAAACUGUACAAAAAGUUAUUUAAACAAAAGAACAAAAAAUAAUGAUGCACGCCGCAGCCGCGAGCUGUUGCCGAUUGGUAAAGGGAACAAGCCAAAGAUAUGUUAGUUUUCAUUUUUAUAUUUAAACGAAAAAAAAAAUGAUGACGCAAGACGGGAGAGAAAUACGAGAGAAUUAUUAUUAUUAAUUAUAUUACUACGAACGAUGAUGCUAAAUAAAUAUUAGGCCGAUUGUUAGCGUUUUUUCUAUUGCGGACACACCGUCGCGCCGACGGUUUUCGCGAUCGGUUCGCGAACUUAGUUACUUCAUCCGGAAGAAAAGCGACAACGGAAGUGCAGCUGGUAUCACGAGACCGUUGUUCAGACAAAUCGAUAGUCGAAGAGCUCAAAGCGAAUACUCCACUUUCGACUUUUUGACAAAAUUUUAUAGAGAUUGCAAAUUAUACUGCAUUCCCUUUUACUUGUGAUACGAUCGAAAAAAUAAAAUAAUAUAUCUUUAAUAGGAAUUAAAUUUAUAUUUUCAUUUUUUUUACAGUCAUUUUUAAAUUAUAUUUAAACGCAUGAUAUUUAGAGGCAUCUUAAAUUGUAAUGAGAGAAGAAAAUUUUAAUUGCUUUGUAUUUAACUUGCAUUCUCGAUGGAAUGAGUUAAUAAAAGUUACUCAUAUAUUUGAGAAUUUCUUAGAAUAGAAAUAUUUUGAGUCUGCUUCGAACUCUUUGACGUUUCGAGGCGCGCGUUCCAAGUUACUCGUCAUUUGGAUAACUUGAACGAUCUAAAAUUGAAUCUCGUAUAUAAUAUGUCGAUCUCAAUAUCACACGAUAGCACGUGAUCGGCACCAUCAAUCGAAGACCGGGACAUGUGUCGAGUGUCUCGAUUACGUGGUCCCUCCUGCCCCCACAUAUCUUUCUCGACCACGUAAUCGAACGUGAUCCACCACGUCUCACUCACCGAUUUCGAUCGCGUGAUCUUUCGUGCUCUGUCGAUCCUCAAUCAUUUAGUCUCGCGUGAUCCCAUCAGUGCAUCCGCGGUCAAUUUUCGUGGCCGUGAGGUCAAAAAUCACGGUCAACGGCCAGAAAUAACCAAGAUCACGAGUGAUGUCAUCGCGAUUAACUGUCGUGCGGGAACGUUGAGGGAAAGUAAAAUAAUUAAUCGCGCGCGGUGAAAAAAAUUUACGUAGUUGCGUAGCUUUUGCAUGUGAAUCUUGGAUUCCAAAAUUGUCGGUAAAAGCUUUUCUUUUUUUCUAAAGGGGGGGGGGAAAGUAAGAAGAGAAAAAAUGGAAAAAAAGAAAAAAAAACGACCGCGGACGCGUUCGCACCCGUCGAUCGUUCGGCGGCCCUCGGAAGCGCCGAAGGAACGAGAGGGUUGCGCGUCUUAGUGCACCCUCGGCAUCGUCCUCGACGUGAGACGCGCCCUGGACGCCUUCGACGCCUCUUCGCGGUAAAUCUUGUAAAUCGAGGGUCGAAUACGGCCGACGUUGUCGUCGCUGGGGAACGAUGCCGAGGGCGCGCUUCUGUUGAAGGAACAAAUGAAAUUAUUACGUGGAAUAUAUAUAAAUAAUGAUAUAUAUUAUAUAUAUAUACACAUAAUAUAUAUAUUUAUUAUACGCGAUAAAGAUAAUUAGAGAAGAGAUAAAUAGCGAUGAAAAGGUGCGAGCUCAAGCCCAGACUCGACCAGACUCGAGGCGUCCUUUCCUUUCUUCAUCAACCACUUAAAGCCUCCCAUUGACGAUUUCAACCCUCCUCCCCACAUUGGAAUUUGGUCCCACACUUGCGGUUUGGUUCGCGAAUCGUAAGGACCGCUCCACAAUGACGAUAUCUAUUUAUCAAUUUUGAAUAUAGUUUUUUGUAUGUACAUUUCUUCAUUACUAUCUUUAUCGACUCUUAAUUCGCGCGUUAUUUUAGUCGUUACGAUAUCGAUAUUUAAUAAAAUUGUUACUUUAUUUCGAAGAAAAAUGCGCGCGCGCGCAACAAUUGUGCAACGCCCUUUUGAGAUUGUUUUAUUUUAGUAAAUUUUAUUUAUGACUAGUCUGUACACAAAUUGCGAAAUAAUCAUGUUUUGAGACUUGUUGGAUAUUUAUAUUGCGUCUAGUUUCGUCUCGAUUUAUAUUAAAAGACGAGUUAAAUUAAAGGAAUUAUGAGGUUUAAGAAUUGCUGAAGUAUAUAAUAGUUGUAUAACUAGUUUCUGAAUUCUGUUGUAAGAUCAAGUUAACGCCAAUGUAAUUGGCUGUGGCGCGGACGAUUUACACCUUACGAUGUAUCCUGUACCGAUAACUUCCAUUAUGUGCCAAACAUAAAUUAAAAUUUGG